AUGAGUGACCUUCCGGCAGCCCGUCUUGCUGCCUUUUCUCGCCCGUUCACGCAUAUGGGGGUGGAUUACUUCGGUCCGAUAUUAGUCACCGCCAACCGAAAAACUGAGAAACGCUGGGUACUACUAGCUACUUGCCUGACCAUCCGCGCCAUCCACUUGCAAGUCGCUCACACUCUCACUACCGAUUCCUGCAUUAUGGCUAUACGAAACGUCAUUGGUAGGAGGGGUACGCCGGCAGUCAUCUAUAGUGACCAAGGUACCAACUUCCGGGGUGCUAGCAAGGAGUUGAAGGCUGCUAUGGAGAAUCUUGACUAUGAACGGUUAAAGACCGAGUUCACGACUCCCCAUACUACAUGGAUCUUCAACCCACCAGCCUCCCCGCAUAUGGGUGGAGCGUGGGAGCGCCUAAUUCGCACGGUUAAGCAAAAUCUUAACAAGCUGUUGCCGAGCCGUUCACUGUCAUAUGAAGUUCUUGAAAAUCUACUCAUUGAAGUGGAAAACGUAGUCAACUCUCGACCACUAACCAGCAUCCCUUUGGAAGGGGAUGAAUCACCGGUGCUCACCCCAAAUCACUUCCUGCUUGGAUCGUCCAACGGCUUGAAGUCGUGGGUACCUUAUGACGACAGCCCUGCAGUGCUCAAGAAUUGCUGGCAGCUCUCCCAAACAUUGGCCAACCAGUUCUGGACACAAUGGUUGCGAGACUACUUGCCGUCGAUUACUCGUCGAACCAAAUGGUUUAGUCCAACGAAACCCAUCGAAAACGGCGAUAUAGUUGUCAUUGUUGACCCAAGUCUUCCACGCAACUGCUGGCCGAAGGGACGUGUUAUUUCUACGAAGCCUGGAGCCGACGGCCAAGUAAGGUGGGCUACCAUCCAGACGAGUAGCGGCAUCUAUGAACGUCCAGCGGUGAAGCUCGCCGUAUUAGACGUAGGCGUCUGUAAGGACACGCCUCAGAAUGACCAUCGGCGAAUCCUGGGGGGGAGUGUUGGUUCCGCCACGUCUAUUGAUCCGACGAGCCCCAACGUCCCCACUUCUAUGAACGCGAAUGAUCAGACGCAUCCACACCCAAAGCGUACAAAGAGGAUGGGCUGUAACCCGAAAGGUCACGAAUCGGAGAUACGAUGA